AUGACUGUGCAACUUCGAAUCGCGACAGACGCCGAUGCUGAAGCGAUUGCAACGCUGGCCGCAGACGCAUUUCACCCAGAUACGGACACCAUAAGCCGCCGAUUGUUUCCACAACAUCUGCAGCCAGCCAACUGUGCAGCGGGAGACACGCUGCGGCUAUGGAGACUGGCGCGAAAGUCCAUCAAGUUGACCGACAAGAGAAUCAAUUUGAUAGUUGCCGUCGAUGAUGAUUUGCGAGGUCAAAUUGUCGGGUUUGCUCUGUGGGAAAUUCCCGCACCAAAUGCAUCGGAUAGCGAGUUGCUCCCUUCAGCAGUAUCCUCGCCCGGCUUGGAUGAGGGCGCGUUUGAGGAGAUGCAAAGAAUACUCGUAAACCAUGUUCGCAAACACUUUGGGGACCAAGGGACAAGCAAUAUGUGGCAGUAUAACGUUGCUCAUGUCUUGAACAGCUUGCUGCCACGUGGAAGACCCAGGACUCGGGGUGAUCGGGAUCCCGACGGAUUUGCCGCACGAUUGCACACCGAACCUCAAAUAAUGGGAACUUUGCUUGCUAACUCUUCAUCUCAGAAUGGCGUCAAUAAUGGAGCUUUUACGGUUGCCUCGGCGUCCAAAUUGCUCCAACUAGGCAACAAAAUUCUCCAAGCCAAGGGCCAACCGACCAACCAGACGUGGAAUGCCCAAACAAACGCCCUAAAGCCUCCAAAAACGAGCAGUGGUAUCACGCUAGGGUACGAUGGCAUGAACAACAGCGUCGUGUCCAAACCGGCGGAUGUUGUCCUUAUAGCACAUUCACUUGCCUAUGGCGGGACAACCUUCAACUCUGCAAACAAGCUUCAGGAUCUGUAA